GCGACCACAGGCUGGUUCGUGCAGGCUGUCCUUCUCCCUCAAAACCGUGCAUCCCCUCCCCGAAGCAGCCGGCACUGUGCCUCUAUUCAGCCACGUUUGGUAUGCAUGAGCACGGCUGCAGGGAGAGGGGAGGUGGCUUUCUUAAGAAGGUUCCGUGGCUCAGGCAACGCCACUUGACUAAUCUCCCAAGUUCCAGGAAGCCUCUGCCGUGAUGGAAUUUGCAGGUGUGGAGAUGACCAUGGGAUGCCAAGGCAGUGGGGGACCGUUUAUUUUCUAGGCAUUGCUCAGGUUUGCAGUUUUUGGUUUUCCCGGUGGAAUUUGGAAGGGGUCAUGAAUCAAACUGAUGCUCCUCGUCCCCUAAACUGGACCAUCCGGAAGCUGUGCCACGCAGCCUUUCUCCCAUCUGUCAGACUUCUUAAGGCUCAGAAAUCCUGGAUAGAAAGAGCAUUUUAUAAAAGAGAAUGUGUUCACAUCAUACCCAGCACCAAAGACCCCCAUAGGUGUUGCUGUGGGCGUCUGAUCGGCCAGCAUGUGGGCCUCACUCCCAGUAUCUCCGUUCUUCAGAAUGAGAAAAAUGAGAGUCGCCUCUCCCGAAAUGACAUCCAGUCCGAGAAGUGGUCCAUCAGCAAGCACACUCAACUCAGCCCGACGGAUGCUUUUGGGACCAUUGAGUUCCAAGGAGGUGGCCAUUCCAACAAAGCCAUGUAUGUGCGAGUAUCCUUUGAUACAAAACCUGAUCUCCUUCUGCACCUGAUGACCAAGGAAUGGCAGCUGGAGCUUCCCAAGCUUCUCAUCUCCGUGCACGGGGGCCUACAGAACUUUGAACUCCAACCAAAACUCAAGCAAGUCUUUGGGAAGGGUCUCAUCAAAGCGGCCAUGACGACUGGAGCGUGGAUAUUCACAGGAGGGGUUAACACAGGUGUUAUUCGCCAUGUUGGAGAUGCCUUAAAGGACCAUGCAUCCAAGUCUCGAGGGAAGAUAUGUACCAUAGGCAUCGCCCCCUGGGGAAUUGUGGAAAACCAAGAGGACCUGAUUGGAAGAGAUGUUGUCCGGCCAUAUCAGACCAUGUCCAAUCCCAUGAGCAAGCUCACUGUUCUCAACAGCAUGCAUUCCCACUUCAUUCUGGCCGACAACGGGACCACCGGGAAAUAUGGAGCCGAAGUGAAGCUGAGGAGACAACUGGAAAAGCAUAUUUCUCUCCAGAAGAUAAACACAAGAUGCCUGCCGUUUUUCUCUCUUGACUCCCGCUUGUUUUAUUCAUUUUGGGGUAGUUGCCAAUUAGACCCAAUUGUUUCUCCUUCCAUCAUGCAUGUGGAUCUUCUGCUCCACCCAUUCCAAGCUACUUGCAGUUUCCUAUAAAUGACAUAGUGACAUACCUCGUCAGAUGUGUAUUCCUCCUGUUUUGACAUUUGCUGAAAUUGCAACCUCUUCCAACUCUAGUUAUUGACAGAAAGCUACAUUCCAAGCCUCAUCUUCAAAAUCUUCUCUUCUGUGGAAUCUUAUCAUAACACACACACGCGCGUGCGUGCACGCACGCACACUGUGAUUCUUGUAGGCUCAAUUAUUUGCCCCAUAACUCCUGUUGCCACAGUGCCCUGUGUAAGUCUCUGUGUAAGAGGCUCUGUCUCACAGUGCCCUGUGUAAGUCUCUGUGUAAGAGGCUCUGUCUCUUCCGGCAGAGUGCUUAUCUGUCUGCCUGCACCGUCCCCUCCGUCACCUGUAGAUUGUGAGCUCCUUGCGAGCAGAGCCUGAGUCCUACUCAUCUUUGUCAUCCGGCAACCCUAGCACAGUGCCUGGUAUGUGCAGGUAGGUGCUCAAUAAAUGUUUAUUGUAAACAUCAA